CGGCCGCCUUGGAGGGAGGAGGCCCGGGAGGACGCUUUGUUCCGGGGCUUGGAGGUGUGGCCGUCCCCGGGCUCCGCCGCGCUCUCCACGCACCCGGGGCGCCCUGGGACUGGCUGUGCGUGGCCUCUCGCCUCCAUCACGGGUCCGGCGUAACGCUGAGCCGUGCAGACAUCGCUCACGACCGAGACGGCAGGGGCGAGGGCCCGCUCACCUCUCCGGAGACCCUUGGAUGGCCUGAUCCAUCGGAAACAUGGCGACCAGCGCGGUUCCCAGUGACAAUCUUCCCACGUACAAACUGGUGGUGGUGGGGGAUGGAGGUGUGGGCAAGAGUGCCCUCACCAUCCAGUUUUUCCAGAAGAUCUUUGUGCCUGACUAUGAUCCAACCAUUGAAGACUCCUACCUGAAACAUACUGAGAUUGACAAUCAAUGGGCCAUCUUGGACGUGCUGGACACAGCUGGGCAGGAGGAGUUCAGCGCCAUGCGGGAGCAGUACAUGCGCACCGGGGACGGCUUCCUCAUCGUCUUCUCGGUCACCGACAAGGCCAGCUUUGAGCACGUGGACCGCUUCCACCAGCUCAUCCUGCGCGUCAAGGACAGGGAGUCAUUCCCAAUGAUCCUCGUGGCCAACAAGGUCGAUUUGAUGCACCUGAGGAAAAUCACCAGAGAGCAAGGAAAAGAAAUGGCGACCAAACAUAAUGUAGGAUUCCAUACAUCGAAACCAGUGCCAAGGACCCGCCUCUCAACGUGGACAAAGCCUUCCAUGACCUCGUUAGAGUGAUUAGGCAACAGAUUCCAGAGAAAAGCCAGAAGAAGAAGAAGAAAACCAAAUGGCGGGGAGACCGGGCCACUGGCACCCAUAAACUGCAGUGUGUGAUCUUGUGACAGCCUGGGUGGCCCUGGGCAUAGCAACCAUGAACUGCCAGCCCUCAGGACCCAACCACUCCCUAACUGCACUGAAAACCAUUUCUAAUCACAACCCUUGGCCCGGGCCUGGGCAUGGGAAGGGAGCCAGGGUGGGUGGGCAGGAGCUGACAGGGUCUGGCUUUGCCGUCUCUCCUGGGAGACAAGGAAGCCACCGUUAACAGCAGCAGCAUCCAAGCCCAUCAUGUGUUGAUUCAGCCUGGUUUCCCAUCUCUUGGUGGGUGUGUUGUGUCUUUUAACUACAUCGAGCUGGUUUGGUGUGGAAGUGUUUAUCCACGUACAAAGUACCAGACAAGCCAUGAACAACCUUCCUCUCCUUAACCCUAUCCAUGGUGUCUGAGCUCAGAUGUCUUUUGUAGAUUUUUAAAUUAUUGGAGUAAUGAUUAUUUUAUUAAAUGGGUCUGUGCUCACUGCCUGGUGGAGCCCCAGGUCUUUGGCAGACCUCUCUGAUAA